GUUGCCCGCGCUAUCAAGCGGCCGCCGCAAUACGUGACAAAGUUCUUCGGCAAUGACUUGGGCGCCCAGUCAACGUACACCAACAAGGAAGGAGAGGGAGAGCGUUCCAUUGUCCGGGGAGCCCAUCAGGUGGAGGAUUUGCGGACUUCCUUGGACAAGUUCAUUGAGAAGUACGUUUGCUGCGAGAACUGCCACUUACCUGAGAUCGACAUGUUCGUCAAGAAGGGCAUCAUUCAGGGUCGAUGCAACGCCUGCGGUUGGCAAGGUGAACUUGACAAUGUCGACAAGCUUGCGGCAUUCAUCCUCAAGAACCCUCCCGACGAGUCUGGAAUGGGGCUCGGCACAGUCGAUGUGGGAGGCAAGCGCAGCAAGAAGGAGAAGGGCCGCAAAGAGGAUAAGAAUGCGGAUGAAGACGACGAGGAUGAUGAUGACCAUUCUGGAAGCGGCAAACACGAGAAGAAGGAAAAGAAGGACAAGAAGGAGAAGAAAGAGAAAAAGGAGAAAAAGAAGAAGGAAGCCGACGACAGUGAUGAAGACGAGGAGAAGGAAAAGAAGGAGAAGAAGGAGAAAAAAGAGAAAAAAGAGAAGAAGGACAAGAAGGAGAAAAAGGAGAAGGAUCCGGACAAGGAGAAGAAGGAGAAGAAGGACAAAAAAGAGAAGAAGGACAAAAAGGAUAAGAAGGAGAAGAAGGAAAAGGAGGAGGAAGAAGACGAGGAUUCAGACAAGGAUGUGAAGAACCUCGCGCACGACGACGAGCAGACCAAGUCGGUGAUUGGCGUUCUGAAGGAGUUCGUGGAGAGCAAAGGAGGCAAGCCCAGCAAGGCCGACUUUUAUGAGGAGCUGCGUAUGCA